AGUAGUGUGUUGGGAAGCUGCACAGAAGCUCCGGUCACUGAAAGGUAACUUUUAUAAAGCAGCUCUUAUACUGCGAAUGUUUCGUUUUCUCAUACGACGCGUAGCAGAAGAGCGUUAUCAAAGACUGGAGCGUUUGAUUUAGCCCCCCGCCUUUUCCUCUUGGAUGUAUCGCUUGAAGAACUAGGAACGGACCGCGCAGCUCACCGAAGCCGGGAUGAGCGGGACCUCCGCGGGGUCGGCCGCGGCGCCCUGCCGCUUCGCGCACUACUUUGUUAUUUGUGGAAUAGACACAGAAACGGGACUUGAACCGGACGAGUUAGCAGGUGAAAACUUUGAGCAGAGUCCCCUGAAGAGGACAUUCAAGUCCAAAGUUCUGGCACGUUAUCCAGAAAAUGUGGAGUGGAACCCAUUCGACCAGGAUGCUGUUAACAUGGUAUGUGGACUGACACAGGCAGACCAGCGCGAGCCUCAGUUCCACUCCUUCAUCAUCACCAAGGAGGAUGGAUCUCGAACAUAUGGUUUCGUUCACACCUUUUAUGAGGAGGUGACCAGCCCACAGAUCUGCUCUGCCAUGCAGACUCUCUACCAGAUGCACAAUGCCGAGCAAACAAAUGCCGUUUCUUCCUCCUCCUCUUCUUCCUCCAGCAUGGACUCACUAGCCAGCAGUUUAGAUGAUGGUUACUCCCCCACCUCAUCAUCCUCGUCAUCUUUAUCUCGUGCAGCGGGGAGCUAUGACUCGUCACGGGACACGCUCUAUGUGUCCAAAGCCUUGUGUCUGAUCACGCCUAUGCCCUUCAUGCACGCCUGCCGGCGCUUCCUUGCACAGAUGCACUCUGCUGUCAUAGCUGCAACCGCACCCCCCUUGCCACUGGAGAGCUACGUUUACAACAUCCUGUACGAGGUGCCGCUGCCUGCUCUGGGGCGUUCACUCAAAUUCCACGGCAUUUACGAACCCAUUGUCUGCCAAAGGCCGGGACCGGGAGAGCUUCCCCUGGCCGACUUCCCCCUGGCAGAGGCCUUUUCUCUGCUAGGCGUGGAAAACCUGGUCCAGGUGUUCACCUGCACCUUGCUGGAGAUGCAGAUUCUGCUGUACUCACAGGGAUAUGAAAUCAUGAAUUAGGCCGAGGGCAUCACCACCCUCCUAUUUCCCUUCCAGUGGCAGCACGUCUAUGUUCCCAUCCUGCCAGCCUCCCUCCUGCAUUUCCUAGAUGCACCUGUUCCCUACCUGAUGGGCCUGCAGUCCAAAGAGGGCACUGACCGCUCCAAACUUGAGCUUCCUCAGGAGGAUGCUGGCCGCAGAUCCUUUGGUGCUGUAGGUGUAUGGUGCGUCUAUUACUGGGCUUCAUUCCUGUCAGACCAGCCAGAGCCCUACCUUCCCUUUCUGUCUCACUUCAUUGAGACACAGAUGUUUGCCACCUUCAUUGACAACAAGAUCAUGUCUCAGUGGGAGGAGAAGGAGCCUAUGCUCCAUGUCUUUGACACUCGUAUUGACAAGGCACGCCUCUAUAACAUCCGUGCUCCCAGCCUCCGGUCGUCCUGCUACCAGAGGUGCUCCAUCCUCAAAGAGUCUGCUCAGGCCAUUGAGCAGCGGCUGAUGAAGAUCGACCACACGGCCGUCCUCCCACACCUGCUGGACAUGAAGAUCGGUCAGGGGAAGUACGAGCAGGGGUUCUUCCCCAAACUGCAGACCGAAGUGCUCAACACAGGACCAAGCAAUAACAAGUGGUGUCACAAGGCAACAACAGCUCAGCGCAGGAAAGAUCGCCACAGACAACAAACGGAACAUCUAACCCUUGAUAAUGAGCUGAAAGAGAAGUACAUGCAGGAGGCCCGCAGCCUCGGGAAGAAUCUGCGGCAGCCGAAACUCUCCGACCUGUCGCCUGCCGUGAUCGCCCAGACCAACUGGAAGUUUGUGGAGGGGUUGCUCAAGGAGUGUCGCAUGAAGACCAAGCGUAUGCUGGUGGAGAAGAUGGGCCGCGAGGCGGUGGAGCUGGGUCAUGGCGAGGCCAGCAUCACUGGAUUAGAGGAGAACACUCUGAUCGCCAGUCUGUGUGACCUGCUGGAGAGAAUCUGGAGCCACGGGCUGCAGGUCAAACAGGGGAAGUCUGCUCUGUGGUCUCACCUGCUGCACUAUCAGGCCCGGGAGGAGAUGCUGGCGCUGCAGGCUGACUCACCAGCGCCUCGCCUUCUUGAGAGGAGGAAGUCUGAUAGUUCCAUAGCGAUGCCUUCUCUGCGUGUGUCUCUCAUUCAGGAUAUGAGCCCGUACCGAGUCAUCAUCAUCCCCAUCAAGAAGCUGAGCAACGCUAUGACCACAUCCAACCCCUGGGUGUGUGUCUCAGGGGAACUGGGAGACUCGGGCAUCAUGCAGAUCCCCAAGAAUGUAUUAGAAAUGACCUUUGAUUGUCAGAACCUGGGGAAGCUCACCACGGUGCAGCUGGGUCACGAUAACGCCGGCCUGCUGGCUAAAUGGUUGGUGGACUGUGUGAUGGUGCGGAAUGAGAUCACAGGACACACCUACAGGUUCCCGUGCGGUCGAUGGCUCGGUAAGGGUGUGGAUGACGGCAGCCUGGAGAGGGUCCUAAUCGGGGAAUUAGUGUUGCCCAGCGGAGAGGAUGACUCUGCAAGGGCCUGCCGUACACCCCCGCUGCAGCGUUCGCCUUCCCAGGGCCGACGCAUCAGCAUCACGUCGCUCACCGGACGAGAUACCAAGCUGAAUUCAGCACAAAUCCAAGAGGGGAUUGGAGAGGCAGUGAACAACAUAAUCAAACACUUCCACAAACCAGAGAAAGAGAGAGGCAGUCUGACUGUCCUGCUGUGCGGCGAGAACAGCUUGGUCGCGGCUCUGGAACAGUUCUUCCAUCACGGCUUCAAAUCUGCCCGGCUCUUCCAGAAGACGGUGUUUGUGUGGGACUUUGUGGAGAAGGCUGUUGCCUACAUGGAGUCAGCUGACCAGGUGGGAGACCUUCAGGAGACCACUGAGGCCGUGAAGAUGACCUGUCAGUCACUCUGUCAUUACUUCAAUGCAAUCAACUCCACCUCCAGAAACAUCGGCAAGGACGGAAAGUUCCAGUUGUUAGUCUGUCUCGGAGCCAGAGACCGCCUGCUGGCCCCGUGGCUCCCCCUGCUCGUGGAGUGUCCAGUGAUCCUGCAGAUGUAUGAGGACACAGCAAUGCUCAGAGACCCCUCCACUCUCAAUACCCUUAUAAGCGUCCUUGAGACACUGCACGACUUCUCCAUCACACUGGAAGCCUCACUGGUCAAAGGCAUCAACCUUUAGCUCCACAGGACUCUGGUUUAUUUUCUGUCUUCAGUUCACUCGUCUAACUGUCAGCUCCUUGGCCUUGUGAUAAUAAGGUAAUAAGGUUUGGAGGACGUUAAAUUGAAAGGACAAUUUGGGAACCAAAGGAAUACGUUCCACAUGUUCUCAUGUUGCUUGAUUCUUCAUGGGAGACGUUAGAAUCUGUGGGUGACCCAUGAGCUUGGAUGCAGUAUUUUCACUCUUCCUGUGAAUUUCAAAGACUAUUUAAACAAAAGGUCAGAUCAAGGAUCUGUAGUUUUUUACUUGAUGAACUAAUACUGUUCAUCACAGAGCUCGAGUUUCUGCAGACAUAUCAGCUUUUAGAAGCACUUCCUGCCUUCCAUGUAUCCUUUGUUAUUUCAGUACACUUGGGAAAUGACUGUUUGGCUUCCUGCUCACAUAAAACUCAAGCUGUAGGUCAAAAAUCUGUUCCAAAAAGACUUUUGCAAAGCAGUUAUUCACUGUCAUGUUUGAGGGAACUACUUUUUAUAUUCCCAAAAACUGUUCAUCUGGGCGAUCGUGGCUCAAGAGUUGG